AAUAGUUUGUCGCUUUAGUCUGCUACUGAAUAUUCUGUAGCGGCACAGGUGGUGCUACUGAUAGGUUCCUUUCGGUCACGUGUGUUUAUUAAUAAGGAGCUGAGACGGUAGAAAUAGGUUACAUUAUACGCUGAAAGCUAAUGAUCAAGUAAAACGGGGAAGUGGCAAUAGUGGGAUUUUCUGUUCCUUGAUUUUAAUUAUGUGGAAGCGAACGGAAUGGAUAAAAGAAAAUCCUGAGUCAUCAUCAUAUUCACUUCGGAUAAAGCGAAAAAAAGAAAAAACACAGGAGAAGAUCACAUCUGGAGUCUUUGUCCAGUUCGUUUUAUUUUAAUUUUCUGGUGGGUUGUAUGUUGGUUGUGAAAUCGAAUCGUCUUUAUUUAUUCUUUUUUUUAAUGUUUGCUCGAUAUUUUUUUGAAUAUUCGGUAUUUUAUUUCCUCAAGCCAAAAUGAACAGUUAUUUCAUUUGUAUUUUGAAGUGCACCUUGCACGGAUUGUGCGACACCGGAAUUUAACUUUCUCUUUUUCUGCUUAUACUUGGAAGACUGAACAAAGGAAGGCAGCCGAGAGUGGGAAUUUACCGGCCAGAACAAAAAGGAAAACUGUAAAAUAUAUUUACCAAUAUUUCUAUGUUUGUUGAACAGACUCCAAACAGAUGCAAACUCUAAACUAGGAUAACAGCUUGUGUUGUGAUGCUUGUCCUCUCUGUCGUAUCUGAUGUCAAAUUGGAUUUUUUCUCUCGGAUCUGUACGUUUCUAGAAUGGCUCGCUUCGGAGACGAUCUACCUACCCGCUAUGGAGGCGGUAGUCCAGCGAGUGCAGGGAGAGGGGCAAGCCGGCAGGGAGGCCCCCCGGGUGGCCAAAGGAUGUACAAACAAUCGAUGGCUCAAAGAGCCAGGACAAUGGCCAUAUACAAUCCUAUUCCCGUCAAACAAAACUGCUUUACCGUCAAUCGCUCUCUUUUCAUCUUUAGUGAAGAUAACAUUAUUCGGAAAUAUGCUAAGAAAAUAACCGAAUGGCCUCCAUUUGAAUACAUGAUCUUAGCGACAAUUAUAGCAAACUGCAUCGUCUUGGCUUUGGAGCAACAUCUGCCUGCCUGUGACAAGACCCCCAUGUCAGAGCGACUGGAUGACACAGAGCCGUACUUUAUUGGAAUAUUCUGUUUCGAAGCUGGAAUUAAGAUCAUCGCCCUUGGGUUUGCGUUUCAUAAAGGUUCCUACCUCCGAAAUGGCUGGAACGUCAUGGAUUUUGUGGUCGUCUUAACGGGGAUUCUGGCCACUGUGGGAUCAGACUUCGACCUGAGGACCCUUAGGGCCGUCCGCGUGCUACGCCCGCUCAAACUGGUCUCCGGAAUUCCGAGCCUGCAGGUAGUGUUGAAGUCCAUCAUGAAGGCCAUGGUUCCUCUGCUUCAGAUAGGACUGCUGCUCUUCUUUGCCAUCGUCAUGUUUGCCAUCAUCGGUGUGGAGUUCUACAUGGGCAAGUUCCACCACGCCUGCUUCAGGGACGACACAGGAGAGCUGGCGGCAGAUUUCCCCUGUGGCCUGGAGGCACCGGCUCGAACCUGUGCCGAGCUGAAUGACACCGUGUGUCGGGAGUACUGGAUUGGGCCCAACUUCGGGAUCACCAACUUCGACAACAUCCUGUUCGCUGUGCUGACCGUCUUCCAGUGCAUCACCAUGGAGGGCUGGGUGGACAUUCUCUACAAUGCCAACGAUGCCUCUGGGAAUACCUGGAACUGGCUGUACUUUAUCCCUCUCAUCAUUAUUGGCUCCUUCUUCAUGCUCAACCUUGUUUUGGGAGUCUUGUCAGGGGAAUUCGCCAAGGAGCGAGAGCGCGUGGAGAAGAGGCAGGAAUUCCUGAAGCUCCGCCGGCAGCAGCAGAUCGAGAGGGAGCUGACCGGCUACCUGGAGUGGAUCUGCAAGGCGGAGGAAGUCAUGCUGGCCGAGGAAGACAAGAAUGCAGAAGAGAAGUCACCCCUAGAUGGUGCCUGGUACAAGCGGAAACACAAUAACCCAGUGCUGAAAAGAGCCAAGGCCAAGAAAAGCAAAAAUGACCUCAUUAAUGCUGAAGAAGGAGAGGACCAUUUCACUGACAUCUCUUCUGUAGCACCCCCAGGAUCGCCCUUUGCCCGAGCCAGCCUGAAGAGCAGCAAGAAUGAGAGCUCCUCCUAUCUCCGGCGUAAGGAGAAACGCCUUCGCUUCUUCAUCCGCCGCAUGGUGAAAUCCCAGACCUUCUAUUGGCUGGUGUUGUGCCUGGUGGGCCUGAACACGCUCUGCGUGGCCAUCGUACACUAUGACCAGCCUAACUGGCUCACCUACGCUCUCUACUUGGCGGAGUUUGUUUUCCUGGGACUGUUCCUGGUGGAGAUGACCCUGAAGAUGUACGGAUUGGGACCCCGAAACUACUUUCAUUCCUCUUUCAAUUGCUUUGACUUUGGGGUUAUUGUGGGCAGUAUCUUUGAAGUGGUGUGGGCAGCCAUCAAACCCGGGGCCUCCUUUGGUAUCAGUGUGCUACGAGCUCUCCGUUUGCUUAGGAUAUUUAAAGUUACAAAGUACUGGAACUCCCUGAGGAACCUAGUGGUCUCUCUGCUCAACUCCAUGAAGUCCAUCAUCAGCCUGCUCUUCCUACUCUUUCUUUUCAUCGUGGUCUUCGCACUGCUGGGAAUGCAGCUUUUUGGAGGACAGUUUAAUUUUGAAGAUGAGACACCUACAACAAACUUUGACACCUUCCCUGCUGCCAUUCUUACAGUUUUCCAGAUUCUGACAGGAGAGGACUGGAAUGCAGUCAUGUAUCAUGGGAUUGAAUCUCAAGGAGGAGUUCGUCGUGGCAUGUUUUCCUCCAUCUACUUCAUUGUUCUAACACUCUUUGGCAACUACACUCUGCUCAAUGUCUUCUUAGCCAUUGCUGUUGACAACCUGGCAAAUGCACAAGAACUUACAAAGGAUGAAGAAGAGCAGGAGGAAGCCAUCAAUAAAAAGAUAGCUCUCCAAAAGGCCAAGGAGGUAAAGGAGGUCAGCCCCCUGUCAGCAGCUAACAUUUCUAUUGCAGCUUUUGUAAAGCAAACGCGAGGUGCAGCCCCUCACAGCUCACCCGUCUCCAGCGUCCCCUCACCCAAGGAACAGCAUAAGGCUCUGAAGACGAUGUCGGUGUGGGAGCAGCGGGCAUCGCAGCUGCGCAGACACAACCUGCGUGCCAGCAGCGAGGCCCUGUACAACGAGCUGGACCCCGAAGAGCGGCUGCGCAUGUCCUCCGCCCUGCACAUCCGGCCGGACAUGAAGACACAUUUGGACCGGCCUCUCGUGGUGGAGCCACAUAGCAGUCCCGUGGAGCAGCAGGGAAGUGGGGAAAAGGGCGAGGGAGGCACUCCCGAGGAAGGGCCGAUGCCCAGCGAGGCCCCAGCCCACCCGAGGAGGCACUAUCGGCACCGUGAGAGGCCGGCGGACGAGGCCAAUGAAAAUGGGGAGACCGGCAACGGCCGAGAAGGUCGACACCAUGUCCACCACAGCCGCAGCAAAGACCAUGACGGCUGCCGGGGCAAAGAGGGUAAGGGCGAGCGGAGCCGCAGCCGGGAGGGUGGCAGGAGGCAUCACCACCAGGCUUUGGCGGACGAGGCAGGGGGCAUGGGCGAGAAGGAGCAGCGGCGGCGUCACGGCCGCCACCACCACAAAGAGGGCAACGGCACCGUCAACAACGGGGAGAAGAGCGAACGCAGGGCCCGACACAAGGAGGGCUCGAGGUCCGCAAACCGUGAGGGGGAGAGAGGGGCUGGGGGCAACCGUGGCGAGAACGGAGGCAACGGGGAGCGAAGACGGCAUAAGCCCCGGCCGCCGAAGAGUCCAUCUGCCCUGGAGGGGGAUGCGCACAAGGAGAGGGAAGAUAACAGGGUCCCUGGGCUCCGGGAGAAACAGACAGACAUGGAAGGAGACUGGCUGACCAUCACACCCCAGCCACCCCCUGCUGGCCAGAGGUGGGCAGGAGAUAAGGUGGAGGAUUCAGACAAUCAGAGGAACAUCAAGAGGACGGGGCAGAUGGGCGUGGGCCCUAACACGGUCCACAUCCCCGUCACUGUCACCUCCCCCCCAGGAGAGACCCUGGCCAUAUCCAUGAACAACUCUGACUGUGAGACCAUGCCAAUGAACGAAGAGAAGAAGAGUCUGGAGGAUCAGACAAAGAAUGGGCCUAAGCCCAUCCUGCCCUACAGUUCCAUGUUUGUGUUCGGCCAGUCCAACCCGGUGCGCCGUCUCUGCCACUACAUCGUGAGCCUGCGCUACUUUGAGAUGUGCAUCCUGGUGGUGAUCGCAAUGAGCAGCAUCGCCCUGGCAGCGGAGGACCCCGUACAUGCCAACGCACCGCGCAACAAUGUGCUGAAGUAUUUAGAUUACGUCUUCACAGGGGUGUUUACGUUUGAGAUGGUGAUCAAGAUGGUUGACUUGGGCUUACUGCUCCAUCCUGGCUCCUACUUCCGGGACCUGUGGAACAUCCUCGAUUUCAUUGUGGUUAGCGGAGCCCUUGUGGCAUUCGCGUUUUCAGGGACCAAAGGGAAGGAUAUCAGCACCAUCAAGUCUCUUCGGGUCCUCCGGGUCUUGCGGCCACUGAAGACAAUUAAGCGGCUGCCAAAACUGAAGGCCGUGUUUGACUGUGUGGUGAACUCCCUAAAGAACGUGCUGAACAUCCUCAUCGUCUACCUACUGUUCAUGUUCAUCUUCGCUGUCAUCGCCGUGCAGCUGUUCAAGGGCAAGUUCUUCUACUGCACCGACGAGUCCAAGGAGCUGGAGAAGGAUUGCAGGGGGCAGUUCCUGGACUACGACAAUGACGAAGUGUCCGCCCAGCCGCGCGAGUGGAAGAAAUAUGAGUUCCACUAUGAUAACGUGCUGUGGGCCUUCCUCACCCUCUUCACCGUGUCCACAGGAGAAGGCUGGCCCACGGUCCUGAAGCACUCCGUAGAUGCCACCUAUGAAGACCAGGGCCCCAGCCCAGGCUUCCGCAUUGAGAUGUCCAUCUUCUACGUGGUUUAUUUUGUGGUCUUUCCAUUUUUCUUUGUCAACAUCUUUGUGGCCUUGAUCAUCAUCACCUUCCAGGAACAGGGAGACAAGGCACUAUCUCAGUGCAGCUUGGAGAAAAACGAGAGAGCUUGCAUCGACUUUGCCAUCAACGCCAAGCCUCUGACACGCUACAUGCCUGAGAACAAACAGUCCUUCCAGUACAAGAUGUGGAAGUUUGUGGUAUCGGCACCCUUUGAAUAUUCCAUCAUGGCUAUGAUCGCCCUUAACACCGUGGUGCUCAUGAUGAAGUUCCAUGGAGCUCCGGAUUUGUACGAGGCCAUGCUCAAGUAUCUAAACAUCGUCUUUACCGCCCUUUUCUCUCUGGAGUGCAUUCUCAAAAUGAUUGGCUUCGGCCCAUUGAACUACCUGAAAGAUGCCUGGAACGUGUUUGACUUUGUGACCGUCCUGGGAAGUAUAACCGAUAUCUUGGUGACGGAGAUUAAGCACAAACUGAUCAACCUAAGCUUUCUGAAGCUCUUCAGGGCGGCUCGUCUCAUUAAGCUGCUGAGGCAGGGCUACACCAUCCGCAUCCUGCUAUGGACCUUCGUGCAGUCCUUCAAGGCCCUUCCGUACGUCUGCCUGCUGAUUGCCAUGCUCUUUUUCAUCUACGCCAUCAUUGGGAUGCAAGUGUUUGGGAACAUCGAGCUUAAUGAAGAUACUGCCAUCAACCAUCACAACAACUUCCGCACAUUCCUCCAGGCUCUCAUGCUGUUGUUCAGGAGCGCCACUGGAGAGGCCUGGCACGAGAUCAUGCUGUCAUGUUUGAGCCACCGGCCGUGUGAUGCAGGAUCGGGCACAACGGGCAGGGACUGCGGCAGUGACUUUGCCUACUUCUACUUUGUCUCCUUCAUCUUCCUCUGCUCCUUCCUGAUGCUGAAUCUAUUUGUGGCCGUCAUAAUGGAUAAUUUUGAGUACCUUACCCGAGACUCCUCCAUACUUGGGCCCCACCACCUGGACGAAUUCAUCCGUGUCUGGGCUGAAUAUGACCCAGCGGCCUGUGGCCGCAUCAAGUACCUCGAUAUGUAUGCGAUGCUGCUCCACAUGCCCCCACCUUUAGGUUUGGGAAAGAAAUGUCCGCCAAGAGUCGCCUACAAGCGGCUGGUGAAGAUGAACAUGCCCAUCGCCGAUGACAACACUGUGCACUUCACCUCAACUCUCAUGGCCCUCAUUCGCACUGCUCUGGAGAUAAAGCUGGCGUCCGGGAUCGUGGCCCAGCGUCUCUCAGAUGCUGACCUGAAGAAGGAGCUUGCUACUAUUUGGCCAAGCCUGUCCCAGAAGACCAUGGACCUGCUAGUAACUCCACACAAACCCAAUGAGCUGACAGUGGGAAAGGUUUACGCAGCCCUGAUGAUCUUUGACUACUACAAGCAGAACCGGGCUCGUAGGCUGCAGCAACAGCAGCAGCAGUCGAUCCCCGGCUCACAGAGCAAAGUGAGCGCCCUCUUCAAGCCGAUCCUGCCCUUGGCUCUCAUGCAGGACCAGGAAAUCCCUGUCAGCAACACUACAUCUCUGCCUGAAGCCCAGAUCCCACUCACCACCACGUCUCUGAACAAUGGUGGCACAAUGCAAGGCCCAGAAAGUGCUGCCAAAGAUUCAUGGAUUACGAAUAAACUACCAGAGCCUCCACGACCAAAAAGUAAGAAGAAGGAUCAAAGAGGCCAAUCAGAGGAGGCGCCGAACGCAGCCAAAGCUCAGGAGUCAGUGGAGAUGAAAAAGAUGGAGCACAAUGACAGUGCAGGCUUGGAAAGUCAAGGAAGAGCGGCAUCUAUGCCUAGACUGAACGCUGAAAUCCAGCCUAUUCCUGAUGGGAGUCCCAUGAAGCGCUCCGUAUCCACGUUGGCCCCACAGCGCCCCCCGGAGGCCAGUGUGCAUGAGCACGUCCAUGAGCGGCCGGCACCAACGAGGUCGCACCACCAUCACCACCACCAUCACUGCCGCCACCGCCGGGAGAAGGAGAGGAAGCAGAGGUCACUGGACAGGUCUCCCAGUCGGCAGCCUACCACCACUGCAGGUACUCCUGGGGAGCUACCAGCCACACCAUCGUCCCGGGAUCGAGCACAUGACCGCGGCCGCUCCCACGAGAGGAAGCACCACUCCGCGUCCUCGGAGAAGCAACGGUACUACUCAUGUGACCGCUACGGCAGCCGUGAGCACUGCCACACCAAGUCGGCAGGCGCCAGCCGCUCAGUGUCGCCGAACGAGGCCCAAGAGUCGGCCGCCAGCAGGCAGGGCAGUGGUUCAGCUAAAGGCAGCCCGGUGAUGUUGACGUCGGGGGCUAGUUCUCCCCAGGGACGCAGACAGCUGCCCCAGACUCCCCUCACCCCCCGUCCCGGUGUGACCUAUCGGACCGCCAACUCCUCCCCUGUGCCGUUCGGCACCGCCCAGGUCAGACCGCCCUCAUUGUGCCUGGGCAGGCUGAGCCGCGGGCUGUCGGAGCACGUAGCCCUCCUGCAGUUGGACUCACCGCCGCCUGUCUCCCGCAUUGGCUCCGAGCCCCACUUGGCUCACAGUGACCCGCAGGUACAGGGCGGGAUGCAGGGCAGCCCCGCGGAGGAGCAGGCUGCUCCCCAGGGCUCGGCGGGCUCCUACGCUGGUCCCCCCUCAUUGACUACUACCCCUCACUUAGUGGCCAUCCCUCCACCACCUGCGCAAAGUCGCGGGGUUCCCAAUGGAUACCACUGCACCCUGGUGGGCGUCCCCAGGGCCAGGGGCCCCAGGUACCACCACAAGGGCAAAGAGGACGACUGGUGCUAGCAUGAUUUCAACAUGAGGGGACGCCAACUUCUUGUAGACGGGUUUUCCGAAAGCGUUUUCUGGGAAAUGUGAUGAGUUUUAUCAUCUUUUGUGAGGGCGGUAGUUUACACUCCUAUUGUGUGUGUGUGUGUAUAUGCAUCCUUUUAACGAAAGGCGGGACGGCGGGGGGGGGACCAUGCAUCCAGAAAAAGCAUCGGCUUUUAGAAUUUAAAAAAAAAAGAGAAAAUGGCCUUCCGGAUCUGUAAGCGAUCAAAAAUAAUGUCGGUGUUUUGGGUUUUGUUGGCUCUUUUUGCACUAAUGGCGGGUGGCAUUUGGUGACGCGAAAACACGAGGGACAGGGAUGUGACAUGUGGGUCUGACAUGACGAAAAUGUUCUCCUCCGGUCGAUCAGCAACCAGAGGCCCGUGUACCUCUGCAGUGCGCCUGUCCGGGGUCACGGUCCUCCUGUGUGAAUGGACAUGGCCUCGCAGUGUGAGACAGUGACCCCAGGAACACAGUCAGUUCAGUGUCCUUCAUGGUGUCCCAGAGGACAUUUCCAGGGGAGACUUCUCAUGGUACAGGGAAUGCGGAAAAUGCUCUGCGUUUUGGCCCCGCGUUCAUCUCUGCUUUAGAAUAUCACUAUCACUGUUUAUAUAGAAGAGCUACUCAGUCCUUCUUAGAAGCAUAUUUAUUACAGACUAUAUUCUGAGAUUAUUCUUCAUUUGCUGCUGUUUUACAUUUAUGCCCAAAUCACCGUUACUGUUAUCCCGACAAAGAAAAGAGUUAAACGUAAUUUGUCUUUUAAUAAGCUACGAUAGGACUUUUAUCUAUUCAUUAUCUGUGUUUUUUGUAAACUGUAAAGAUGAACUCUGUUUUAUGUAAACGGCUUACGGUUCACUAUCAUGUCAGGUCUAAUGUUUCCUACGUACUGCUCCUGUUGUUAAUUACCAAGUGCCUAACCUUUUAAAUAUCUUGCAGUAAUGAUGCAACCUCAACCUUUUUUUCACUGCAUCAAGACUUAAGGGAGGGAGUGGUUUAAUAGAAAUGAGGGACGUGUACUAGGCCUCAUAGAGAACGUCAGGUCCUUGAUGUUGGAUGCGAACUGUCUCAUGAUUGUAAUCUAGAAUUUACAAAAUGGAUGUUUAGGUGGAAACGGGGAUUUUUUUUUACGGUUUUAUUUUUUAUUUGUUUUUAUUAAUCCUGAACAGAAAUAAGAGAACCUAGUAUAAAGGUAUAUACAUUUGAAUAUAAAACAAAUAUGAAAACUGCAUUAGUUGUAUAUCAGUCCAACAGGAACUAUGUAACCAGAGUAUCACAAUUGCAUGUUUGAGUCUUUAACUUGGUUGUGAAAGGUUAUGAACACGUAUAGUAAUGAUGCUUAUUUCGUUUUCUCUUAAGGGUACUUGGAGAAAGCAUUGCUAGCUAUUGCUAUUUAUUUCAAUGUUACACUUUGAGAAUGAACAAGGAAAAUAGUUUCUGAAGUCAUUAAGAUUGCAGUACUUUAUAAGAAGAGGAUACAGAGCCCUGGUGAUAGUGUAACGCCCUGUGGAGGCAGUGCUACCAGCCCACUGGGUCCCUCCGCGUCCCAGUUGAAGGCGCUGUGAUUCCUGCUGCUGAUAUUUCUUGCUUUCCGAACCAGGCCCAGUUUGUGUGUGUCUCUUUGCCUGCUACAUAUGAAAUUCUUUCAAUGGGACAUUUUUAACACAUCGGUCCAUUGCUAAGAAUAUUCAUACACAGUGAUAAAUAAACGUCAUGUAAACAGAACUGUUUUUUUUUUUUUUUUACUUGCUUUAAUAUGAAAUUGUGUAUAUAUUGAUUAUAUUACCUUAUGUAUUGCUGACUCUACCUAAGUCAGUCAUUAAGUCAGUAGUACUUAGGUGUAGUAAAUACAAGGAGACUUUCAGAGGCUCUAGAUCGCCAUCCAGUGCCAUUUCCACGCAACGCUCCGGAGAAGGGCAGCCUGGGGCACCAUCACAGAGUCCUCCCUACACCUGUAGCAGAACUGAGUUGUCUUUACUGUGCUGGAUCCAAACGCUCCACUCUUUCACACAUCAACUGGAUGUCAAGGGAAAGGUGUUGGAGCCAGAUGCUGUUACCAUGACCACAAUCUGUCAGGGCUCUGUGGAUGCCGGGUUCAUUACGAAAGCAGGGCUAUGCAACAAGAUGACACUUUGAGAAAAAAAAACAUCAUCCGUUCUGUAGCUUUACGUGCUGGGAUCUUCAGAUUCAGGCUUCAGCAUGAUUGUGACCAAAUCCUUUUUUAUAUAAAAUGUAUAAAAUGAAAAGUAUCAAAUAAAAAAUGCAUAAAGGCACAAUGAUUUAGGGGGGAAAAAAGGAUAUUUGAACAGAAUUUCCGCAAGUUGAUAUAUCUGAAAAUUGCAUGCUUGAGAUUUAAUCACUUUGACUACACUGAAGCAAAACGAAAAAAUAAUCACAAUAUGGAAAAAGUAAAUGACUCAUUUGUUUUUCCUAUAACCCACUAGGUUUACCAACCAUCAGGUGACUGAUAGUUUUACACUUGUGUGUAGACUAUGACAUCACAUGUCCAUGUUCAAGAUUAGUUUUUCUGUACAACAAAAAAAGGACCUUCACAUUUCUGUAACUUCAUCAUUUUCCUCCUGUACACCCAUGGCCCCAUACGUCACCAUGGUUUGGAAAGGGUUUGGGGG